CCUGCGGACAGCGGGCAUAAAGCGCACGCCGCGCCGCAAGGGGCUCUAACCGCUCCGGCUGCUGCGGCCCCGCACUUCCCGCGCAGGCAGCACGUGUCGGUGACCAUGAGCGCGCGCAGCCCGAGCGCCGGGAGCGGCGGUCCGUCUGCGGCUGCAAGUUACGAUCCGGCUGCGCUGAUGAUGAUGGGCUGCGCCGCGGUGCUGGCGGCGGCUCUCGUCCUCUUCAUAUACACAGCAAGCGCGCGCUCUCGGAGAGGGACGCAGCGCGGACACACUGCGACACGCGCUGAGAGCGAGGCCAGGAGGAGCGAGGCGACCGCUCGCCACCGCGGCGGGAAGAGCGCGGCCCAGAGCGAGUCAACAGGUGCACCUCCGAAGGACAAAAGAGGAAAGCAUGGUAACAGACCACAUAAGCUGAAGGAGGAAGACCUUGACAUGAUAAAGCAACAUAUUGGAUCUUUCUGUAGCAGGAUGUCACAUUAUUCUUGUGACAGAAGAUGCAAAAUUUACUUAUCAGAAGAUCUCAGUAUUAAGAAAAUGUUCACUAUUUUUCAGCAAGUAAACCCUGUCUCAAGCGUAACUUAUGAGACUUACCGAAAGAUUUUCAAUGAGCACUUUAACAUUUCCUUCGGAUAUCCGCAAUCAGAUACCUGUAGUACGUGCAAUGAAAAUCUUGCGAAGUUGAAGUGCAAAGAUGCAAAACUGAAUAAUGAUUCAUCAGAAGAUGAUGGCCUCUUGAGUCGACGACUAGAUUCGUCAAGUCAACACGAACUUCAUCAAAGGAAAGCAGAAGUGUUUUAUGAAAGGAAAAGGGUGGCCAAAGAGAAAGCAAAAUUAAUUCUGUUUGAAAAUAACAGUGAAGAUCAGAAAGAAAGUCCUGUUACUUUGAAUAACUUACAUAGGAUUAGCAGCCAUGAGCAACAUGUAGGUGAACAACAUCCAGAUAAAAUUGUUAAUGAAUAUAAAGAGCAUUACAGGGAUUAUCAUGAACAAAAGGAGCAGGCAUCUGACCUUUCUUGGGAUCAUGGGAAACAUGCUAAUAAAUCACAGGGACAUUUACAUCACCAGCAUGUUCCUUGUGGCCCUAAGGAAUCUUUAACUGAUAUUUCUGAAUAUGAGGUGAAGACAGAAGAAAUAACUGCUGGAAUGACCAGUCGAGGAAUGAAUGACAAGAAAACAAAGGAAGAUAAUACAGAGAGAGAGAUGUUGAUUCCUGAAUUUUUGGGCAGAGUGAGCAGCCAACUUCAGAAAGUUAGCGAUCUAUCAGGAGUUACAACUGUUGAUGAGGGGACUGAAGAGAAGACAUGUGUUAUAGAAAGAGUCAUAAAGAGCAAUCCUGAGGAAAAUGUGGUGACAGGAACACAGCUAAGUAAUGAUACGACACAAAACACUCAUCAGGGUGUUUUCUUUGGCCAUAUCAAGGAUUGUUCCAAACAUUUGAGUGGCGGUCUUGAUCAGAAGCCUUGUCAGAAAGACAUAGAGGACCAUCGUCAAAUUGUAAAUGAUCAGUCACAGUCAAAACAAGCCAAAGGCCCUGAUAAGGCAGUGGAUGUAUCAGUUAAGGAUGAAUAUUCCUCAAUGGAAAUAAACAUCAUGGAGGCAACCAUGGACAACAACGAGUGGAUGAACAUAAAUGGUUUGGAGAUGAACAAUGAUUUCCCUGCCCUUAGUCUGAAAGAUGAGUCUGAUUAUGUUGCUGCUGGGACUGGAGGGAUGUCCCUGGUGGACUCUGAAUCUGUACUCAGGUCAUUAGAUGGGCACCCAAGUGAAGGUGUAGCGACUGUCAAACGUCAGUCCCAGAGUGUGAAAGUCAACUUUUCUCUUCACUAUGUCACGCAUUCUCCAUUUCAGCUCCUGGCUGUUACCGGGAGUAGCAAGGAGUUAGGAUAUUGGGAGAAGUUUGUGCCUCUGUUGAGGGUUGAUGGAGGGUUCUGGUCAGGUAGCAUUGCCCUUCCAGUAGGCUACCAGGUGGAGUGGAAGUUUGUUCUGGUAGAAAAUGACAAGAUCUGUCGGUGGGAAGAGUGCAACAACCGCUAUUUGUACACCGGUCAUGAUGAAGCUAUCAAUCUUCAUAAAUGUUGGGGCUACAUUUGAAUGAUAAAUUGUGGGUAACACAACUUAGUGGAUUCAUGAUUCUAUGAAGUAAUAAAUUCAGACAUAUUAAUCUAAAAUGCAAGACAAUGUCAUCUGAAUCCAGCAUUUCAAAUGAUGUAAUUGUUAAACACAUGCUUGGUGAAAACAUAAAACUGCAAGUCACACAAUGCAGAAGCAAAGCAAUAUUAUCAAAGAAAUGAAAAAUAUCAUUAAGUCCCUUUAUCCAUAAUAAUGUGAUAAUAUUAGAUCGCAUAAUAUAAAUGUGAAAAGCAGUAGUUAUAUUUUUGACCUCUGAUUUACCUGCUUUUAUACAUUUUGUGUAUUUUGCAAGCUUUUUAUUGUAGAAUGUUUAAUUUUGUGGGACACAGUGGCAGCUUGGUGGGUGUGGCUCUGAGUCAAGCUUAAGGUGUGAAGAGUUUGCAUAUUCUCCAUGUUUGCACCCUGCAGACAUUCAUGGAAGAACACACUGAUAAAUUUCUUUGUUUUCACAUUUACCUGGGAAACUGUGUGAUUACUUGUUGUGAGCCAGAUUUGAUGGUACAUCCUUCCAAUAUUUUGCUCCACCAUUAGUUUUUAGAAUUUACUAUCAGUUUUUUUUUCCCCAAACGGCAAGCUCUUAACAGGUGUCACAGGCCGGAACAUUUAUUCACUUAGCAGACGCUUUUGUCCAAAGCAACUUACAGUGGAUACUAUGUAGUGUUA